AUGGCCAUAGUUCUCUUUCAACAAUUCGCUAUUACAGUGGAUGGGCAGAUAAGACUUUCGGCUAAACUAUCAACACGACACCUCAGAAAUUUGGUCCUAAAACCGGCCGAACAGACCCCCUUGAGCGCCCUUGUUCUCGGUACUUUGAUUAAGGAAGCCGGAUUUCCACCAGGUGUGGUAAACAUCGUUAAUGGCUACGGCCGCGAGGCUGGUGCCGCGCUCGCUUCGCAUCCCUUGGUCGAUAAGGUCGCAUUCACAGGAUCCACAGCGACUGCCUGA